GAAACCUCCAUAACAGCUCAAGUUUCUAGAGAGAGAAAGUGGGCGACCUGAGAUUCUAACACAAACAAAAAUGGCAGGAUCGAAGUUUAUGCUCGUGAUGGUGGUUGCAUCUAUGAUCCAGUUGCAAACCACGGUGGCGCAAACUAAUCACACCGUCGGCGACACCUUGGGGUGGACCAUUCCUUCGGCAGCAAACGCUUACGCCACCUGGGCUUCCGGCCAGAACUUCACCGUCGGCGAUUCUCUCAUUUUCAACUUCCCCACUGGUGCCCAUGACGUUGCAGAAGUUACAGAAGCGGCGUAUGGCCCAUGCACCAUCACCGACACCAUCAACACCACCACCACCGGCCCUGCAACCAUCAACCUGAGGACGGCCGGUCCUCACUACUAUAUAUGUACCUUUGGAACCCAUUGUCAAAGUGGUCAGAAACUUGCCAUCAACGUCAGUGCAACAGCUUCAACUCCUCCGUCGUCCUCCACCCCACCUCCCGCCGGUAACACCACCCCACCACCGUCACCGAGUACCGCAUCACCAACGUUAACCACCGUGGUACCCAUCACUUUCUUGGUGGGUUCUUUGGCAGCUUUGUUUUACUAGAUUACUUUUGAGUGGUUCUUGUUUUUGUUUGCCUUGGAGUUUAUAUAUAUGUGAUGCAUUUUUAUUUUUUUGUACGAAAAUAACCGGAUAAAUUGAAUAAAAAUGUAACCUACUUUAAUUUGA